AUUUGGAAAUGGAUUAAGAUAAUUGUUUCCGGCAAGGUUGCUCUUAAGAGACAACAGGCAGCCGAAGACGCGAUCGCUCUUAAAAUGGCAAAGGUGGCCACCGGACAGAAGCUCGAUCGACUUCCGCCGGGCAAGAUCUUCGGGAUGUCCGUGACGGAGCCGAAGUCGACGGUGGGCCGGAACGAGGACGUGACUCCCGCUACGAAGAAAGUCGACGGGAUUUCCGAGGAUUCGAAAGAUCUCCCACGUGUGUCGAGCAACGACGCCGCACCCGCUCGUGUCCAAAACUGUUCUGAUAGCCUGGAGACCACUUCGAGAUCUAGAAGCCUCCUCUUCGACGCCGGCAAGCCGGAGGACGCCAGAGAAACCACCCUGGUGUCUCAGACCUCCGUGGAGACUCUGGCCCGCCUAUUCCCGAACACCAAGCUGUCGGUCCUGCAAUUGGUGCUGCAACGCUGCGGCCAGGACCUGCUCAAGGCGAUCGAGUACUUUGCGAGCGACAGCCUGGGCAUCGCCGAGUCCGCGAUUUCGACCAGUAUCGGCCACGCGUCCUCGGCUUUCCGGCCGCCGCAGACGGUCGUCGACAACGGUGCGGGGGAACAGCAGCAGCAGCCGAUUCCCGGUACGAUGCUGGCACCAAUCUACACCAGCCUGUCCAGAAACGUCUACGGGGACGCGGGUUACUGCCUGUUGAACAUCGUGCCGACCGAGCAGUUCGCCAAGGGCACCGACCUGCCGCUCGCGAAAACUACGGCCGAUCAGGAGACCGUGGCUCUUAAUUUUCGCUACAACAAUUACUUCACCACCGGCGUGCAGCAGCAACUGCGGGACGCGCACAUGUGCGCCCAAGUGGCGGCGGAUCGGUUGUCGGCCGCCAGAUCGGCGGGCAUACUCCAUCAUCUGCCUCCCGCCAUGCUGCCGAGCAUCCCUUGUGUGCAGCCCAAUUGCACGCAAUGCAACUACAAGUUCACUUGAAUGUGUAUUUCUCGGGCGGUACAGCGAGCUGUACAAAUAUUUAUCACGGUUGAUCGCCGCAGAAUAGU